AGCAGUAGUGAACCCUGACCUCAAACAAAGACUGUUGGCGGGUCCAAGAGGGUGAUGGAGGCGGCCACAGCUGGACAGAGGACUCCAGAGGACGCUUCUUCAGCGCCUAUAACGGAGACCUAUCGCUAUUCCGUCUCUUCAAACCCGACACUAGAAGAUCAGCUGUUUGAACUAGUGAGGCUGAGUGAGGUUCCAAUGAGCAAGCAGCUGUUUGACGUGGUGAGACAAAAACAACUUAAAACUCUGCAAACUACCAAACUUUCAUAG